GCCCGGCCCGCGCAGGCCGCAGCCGCCGCCAUGGCCGCGCUGCACGCCAAGGCCGGCGGCCCCCCGCAGAUCCCCGACACCCGGCGGGAGCUGGCCGAGCUGGUGAAGCGCAAGCAGGAGCUGGCGGAGACGCUGGCCAACCUGGAGCGGCAGAUCUACGCCUUCGAGGGCAGCUACCUGGAGGACACGCAGAUGUACGGGAACAUCAUCCGCGGCUGGGACCGCUACCUCACCAACCAGAAGAACUCCAACAGCAAAAACGACCGGAGGAACCGCAAGUUCAAGGAGGCCGAGCGGCUCUUCAGCAAGUCUUCGGUCACCUCGGCAGCGGCUGUCAGUGCAUUAGCUGGAGUUCAGGACCAGCUCAUCGAGAAGCGGGAGCCAGGGAGUGGCACAGAAAGUGACACUUCUCCAGACUUUCACAAUCAGGAGAAUGAGCCCAGCCAGGAGGAUGCUGAGGAGCUGGAUGGGUCUGUGCAAGGGGUGAAACCCCAGAAAGCUGCUUCCUCUACUUCUUCUGGGAGCCACCACAGCAGCCACAAAAAAAGGAAGAACAAAAAUCGACACAGGAUUGAUCUCAAGUUAAACAAAAAGCCAAGAGCCGACUACUAGAUUCAUCAGUGCUGAUGCUUCUGGGAUUUAGGUCUUCAUGAAUCUCCCCCCCCUGAGAAAACUGCCAGUGGCCUGAGUUCAGCAGCAGCUCCCAGGCAGGUGGCUGCAGAUGGGGAGUGACUCGCUCCAAAGAACUUCAGUGGGGGGAAAGGGGGGGAGAAAAAUCUUGGACCACGUUACUUCACAUCAUUUUUAAAGCACCUGAGUUGCAGGAAGCCUGAAGGUGUAGUAGCAGCAGUAAUAGUCCUGAAUUCCUGCCUGUUCUGUGCUUCCACCUCAGUCAGGAACUGCCCAGAACUGGCUGAUGUUGCUGCUGCCACCCCCUGACACCUGCAAACCCCCAGACAGGGAUUUCUUUUGCCACUGGAACUGGAGUGUGAGUCAGUGUGUCCCAUCCAUGUUGUCAGAUGUAGACUCCUUUUGUUGCUGAUGUCUAGCUUUGUAGUUUGGGGUUUGGUUUGGGCUUUGUUGCUGGUUGGUUGGUGUUUGUUUUUAAAGCCAAAGUGUAUAGUUAACAGAUGGACUCUGGGCUUUCUUUUGCUUUCAUCCAUGUAGAGUGGAAGGUUCUUCAUUGUGUGGAACAGCUCCUUUGGGUUCUUCAGCAGAGAGGAAAGGUGAUUAACCCUUUCCUCUCACUCAUUUUAAACACCAUCCCCUACAACUCAUGCAGUGCUUUAGAUGCAGGGAAGGCUGGAGCUCCAAGCCACGUGCUCUUUGCUGUCUUUGAGGUUGGGUGGAUUCUCUUUUUAAUACAAACUUCUGUCAUUUGUACAUAAACAAUAAAGUUACAUGUUUGUCUCUC